AUGACGUCGCAAUUCCCACUUGGAAGUGUUAAUAACGCCCAUCUUCAGCAGCUCGGAGAAGUGCUGUGGUCUUGGGAAGUUUGCACAGAAUGCCUUGCCGGAAAGCCUUGCAAAAGCAAAGACUGCCCAUGGCCUCGCUCAACACAUCUUACUCUAUACUUCCAGCAUUACAAGCUCCUGACAUCGCUCUACGAAUGCAAUAUCGAAGAAGGUCAAACCUCAGGUCUCGUUUCUCAUGAAGACAUAUUCAAACUUAUACGGCAAUUGCAAUCAAAUCCCGAGCUCACUAAAGCAGAAUUGCUACGCAAGCUUUUCCCAAAUUUUCCCAUUCGUGAUGAUCAGGAACGUGCUCUCAACUUGGCUGCGCGCAUCACCAUGAUGGUCGAUUGUUCUGCAUCCCGUCAAUCAUCUGUAUUACUCGAGCAUGGAAAUCAUAAAAUUCGCUGGAACAACGAUGUCACUUUCCCACAAUUUUUGUGCGAUACCUUCCCCCAGAGUGUCCAUCCUAGCAUUCAGGACAUCACUCAGGAACUCAGAGGAACGAAGCUGAAAAAACACGCGAGAUUGUGUUUCAAGCCCACAGAUGAUCUGAGAAAUCAUUUGAGACUUGACAGGAAGGCUGCUGUUGUUGAAAUCUUUCACCACACUGCUUUCUUGAAAGAGCAGUUAAGAUUCACGAAAGACUUGAAAGUCGAGAGCCUCUCUGCCACUGACCUUGCUAAGUUAGGUGUCCUUCCUCGCGCACUUGCUCUUGAAGCACUGGAUUCUAUUCAGAAAGUACUAUUUCCCCUCGCAGAGCCUGAUUCAUAUAAGCUCCUCGAAUCACUCACGUCCACAUCUACAAGCAACUUUGACACCGAUGUUCUUCGAUAUGUGUCAAGUGCGAUUCGCAAACCAGAGGAGGACUCAAUGCCUUAUCGUUAUUUCGGCACUCGCCUCGCUGAUCUUCACGAGGAAUUAAUGAACCCUACACCUAGAGGAGUCGAGAAGUGGUUCGAGAGAAACAGCGGUGCUAGGUUUAUCAUGAUGGCUACUAUUGCCGGUGUGAUCUUUGCAAUCUUCCUGGGGAUGUUGAGUUUAGGCGUCGCUGGGUUUCAAGCUUAUGUGGGGUAUAUGUCUUGGAAGCAUCCCGUCAUUCCUUUACCAACUCCGCAGGCUACUGCUCUUUGA